AUGGCAUUAAAUUUAGAAAGUUGUGAUAGUUUACCCCCAGAUGAAGAACCCAAACUAAAAUAUGAUCGAACACAAUGGGGAGUGAUACACCUAUUGGAUCAUGAAGGAAACACAGUGCCUAUAUCGCAAGACAACAAUCAGAAAGACUUGCAAGCUCAUGCAAUUGCAGUUAAUAAAAUCUCAGUAGAUCUUAAUGGAGACUACAUCGCCAGUUGUUCUGAUGAUGGCAAAGUAUUGGUGUAUGGUCUGUACUCAAAUGAUAAUACUCAUAACUUGACAUUGGGAAGAGUUGUAAAAUCAAUUGCCUUGGACCCUUUUUACUUUAAAUCAGGCUCUGGCAGACGAUUCCUCACAGGUGAUAAUAAACUGAUCCUUUAUGAAAAAACAUUCUUGAAUCGUCUGCGCAGUACAGUCCUAUGUGAGUGUGAAGGUUAUGUUCAAGCAAUAGCAUGGCAUGACCGAUUUAUAGCUUGGGCCAGUGAAGUAGGAGUGCGUGUCUAUGACCUCGUGGCGAGAUGUUCGUUGGGUCUAAUUCAGUGGGAAAGAAAUCCUAAUCGCUCCAUAGAGGACUUUCGUUGCAAUCUUCUUUGGUCAGCUAAAAAGACUCUCAUGAUUGGUUGGGUAGAUACCAUCCGAAUAUGUGUCAUACGGAAGCGCAGUCAAAUCGAGCUACAAACGCGUGAUGUGACCGAAUAUCUCGUAGAUCCAGUACACACAUUUCAAACUGACUAUUUUAUUAGUGGACUUGGACCUUUGGACGAUCAGUUAGUAAUUCUUGGUGUGCCUAAAGAGCGUGAUGCCGAAACACAUAAAGCGCAAAGGCCUGUGAUUUCGGUGGCGGAUUAUAAAGAUUGUGAGUUUUGCGAAGUCUCGACUGAUAGCUUAAAUAUUCGAGGGUAUGAGGAAUACAAUUGUAACGACUACUAUUUGGAUAUGAUUAUAGAAGAAAAUAGAUUUUUUAUAGUGUCUCCGAAAGAUAUAGUGGUAGCUAGCCCUUACGAUAUCGAUGAUAGGGUCGAUUGGUUAGCUAAGCAUGGCCGAUUUGAAAAGGCUAUAUCCGUACUUGAGGAAGUUGGUGGGAAAACGUCAAAGCAUUCUGUUGUCGAAGUUGGAGUUCAAUAUUUGGAUCACUUACUGUCGGAGCAUCUUUUCGAAGAAGCGGCUAUCCUUUGCGCUAGAAUAUGUAAAAACGAUAAAGUAUUAUGGGAAAAUCAAAUUCUAAAGUUCCUCGCAGUCAAACAACUGCGUGCUAUAAGCGCAUAUGUACCUAGAAAUCCGGACCAAGUUCUAAAUCCACACAUAUACGAACAAAUUUUUUGUGAAUACUUGGAAGUUGACGCACAAGGUUUCCUUAAACUAGUACAAGAAUGGAACCCUGCCUUAUAUAAAACAAGUGUUAUUGUCAAUAAGGUCUUAGAACAUUUGUUUACAACUGAAGUCGAUAAAAAUAUUUAUUUAGAAGCUUUAGCUCUGCUUUAUUGCUACCAAAAGAAAUACGAUAAAGCGCUGACCACGUACUUAGCAUUACAGCAUAAUGAUGUUUUUACGCUAAUAACCAAAUAUAACAUGUACUCGAUGAUACACGACAAAAUACUUGAUCUGAUGACUCUCAACUGUGAUAAGGCCAUCUCUGUGCUUUUAAACGAUAAGACCAAAGUUCCAAUUGAAGUUGUAGAGAAACAACUGAAGAACCAUGAUGAAUUUUUAUAUAAAUAUUUAGACGCAUACAGCAAAGUUGAGCAGACCGGACAAUACCAUGGAGAACUCAUUAGGUUAUACGCUCGAUUUAAUCGCAACAAGUUACUGCCGUUCCUAAAGUGCAGUGACAAUUAUCCUAUACAGAAAGCGCUGGAUGUCUGCACUAAUAAUGAGUUUUACCCUGAAAUGGUGUUCCUGCUCGGUCGCAUGGGCAACACGAGAGAGGCGCUACAAAUAAUCAUAGAGAAGUUGAAUGAUAUAAACCAAGCUAUUAACUUUUGCCAAGAACACAACGACAAAGAACUGUGGACUGAUCUCAUCAAACAAACAGUUGAUAAACCAGAGUGUGUCACGUUGCUGCUUAAAAGAAUUGGCAAUUACGUGGAUCCUAGGAUGCUCAUACAGAAUAUACAAUCUGGGUGCGAAAUUAAGGACUUGAAGGAGUCGCUUGCGAAAAUGAUGUGCGACUAUCAUUUACAAAUGUCCGUACAGGAAGCGUGUAAAGUCAUUACUCUAAGAAAUUAUUUCGACCUCCACGAGAAGCUGAUCAUCAACCAGCAGAGAGGGAUAUCGGUGACUGACGACUUUUUGUGCAGUGUGUGCCAAGGACGCAUAAUUAUUCGAGAUCUUUCUAACGCGUCGGACUUAGUUGUUUACAACUGCCGGCAUUCUUUCCACAUAGAAUGUCUCCCAGACGGCAUGAAGUGCGAUCACUGCAGCGUCUGCAGCGCGGUGAAAAUG